CUUCCUCCAGCAACACAUCCUCUUCAUGUCCUACACAAUCUUCGGCCGCGCCAUCAAGAACGAGUACCUCUCCAUCGGGGUCCUGUCUACCGCGUUCGGAACGGCAUGGCUCGCAACGAGGGGUGGGUCAGAGGCGGACAAGAAGCCUGCGACGGUGCAGCAGGCUAAGGAGAGCGUUAAGAUUAAUGCUGGGUCUUCGGAGGAAGAACAAUUCAUUCAAAAAUUCAUUGCGGAGGCGGAGAAGGAGGGUGCUUCGACAGCUGCUGCUCACUAAGUGGUUGGGACGUGGUUGGACUCGGAAAGACGUGGUUGUUGUGGGGGGUGACUAGAGUACACACAUGCACGCUGUUUCGGACAGCGAGGAAUAGAUGUUAGAACGGAGCGUGAAUUCAGUUCAAUUCUCUUGGA